CGGUUACACCGGUUCUUUAGCGGUCAGUGUUCCGUCUGUAUUUAAUGUCACCAGCGAAUGUUUCUGCUGUAAACUCUAUUUUCUUGUCCUUAUUCGACACUUCUGUCGCUGGGGUUUGUUGUCUUUUAAUCUACGGUUAUCAUUGUAAAGAUGACGAAUAGUUGAAGACUUAUCAAAGACCUCCGAGAAAAGACAGACCAACUCUCUCCGUUAAAAAAAAGAAGCAGCUAAUCCAUGUUAUGACUCAAGUAACAUUUCAGAGAGGAGCACCACUUUCCUGAGGACUCUCAAGAUCUACAAGCUUUACUGUAAUGCAUUGCGACUGAAAAAUCAGCAUUGUGUCUCAGUCAGUUGGACUUAUAUGAGAGCUGUACAAUGUGGGCAAACAAGCAAAGAAGAAUUCGGGUUUCUCAGGAGGAGCUGCUUUGUAAGAACGCCUGUGGGUAUUAUGGAAACCCGGUGUGGCAAGGCUACUGCUCCAAGUGCUGGAGGGAGAAGGCACGUACAGCUGAAGCCCCGAGACAAGAUGCAAGACCGAGCAAUGAUGGGACGCCUCCCACGUUCUCUAAAUUUGAGGAGAAGAAAAGCAUUGAGAAAGGCCGUCGCAUCAAUACCAUGAGGAGACUCUUCUGGGGGACGUCAUCGCCUCCAAAACCUCUAGAGUCAUCAGAAAGCCAGAAAAAGAUGUUGAAUGCCUACCAGAGCCUGGAACCCGGGGACUUCACCGGUUUCCUGAAGAUUCUCCGGAGUUCUCCUUCCCAGCGCCUUCAGUCCCGCUGUACAGCUUUCCUCAACACAAUGGAAGCUUACCACGAUCUGCCGAUACAGAAGCAGUCCGACCUCGUGCAGGAUUUCUACCAGUCUUUUGCUGAAUAUUUUAUGAGUUUUCCUGAGGCCCAGGUCACUCACAUUAUGGAGCAUGUAGAGAAGCUGAUAAUGACUCGACUGCACAAGUGGGUUUUCUGCCAUGACAGCUGUGAUGAUGAACAAAAGGAUCUUGCUCUCCAAAGGAGGAUACGUUCCCUAAACUGGGUCACUCCUCAGAUGCUAAGUGUGCCUUUUCCUGACACAAACACUCCAGUCACGGGCGAUCCUUUUCUCCCUGCUAUUACAGCUAUUAUUGAAAUGGAUGCCAAACGAGCACCUCAGGACAAGCUUGCGUGCGUUUCCAAGUGCAGCCAGCAAAUCUUUGAAGCGCUCUCCCUGUCAAAUAAUGAGCCGGCAAAUGCUGACGACUUUUUAUCGAGUCUUGUUUAUGUCGUGCUGAAGGCCAACCCUCCCCGGCUGCACUCCAACAUGCAGUACGUGAUCCGUUUUGGCCUCCCACACAGCCUGAUGGCAGGAGAGAGCGGAUACUAUUUCACAAAUCUGUCGUGCGCGGUGGCGUUCAUCGAAAAGCUGGACGGACCGAAGCUCAACCUCAGCGCCGAGGAGUUUGAGGGCUACAUGCUGGGCCAGCGGGCUCCCUCCGCGUUGAAUCGCAGGCAGCAGGUCGCCAGCGACGCCAAGCAGCUGCUGGACGAGCUGACGGACAGGCAGGAGAGGCUGGACCAGGGCGUGGACGCCUUCAGCGCGCAGCUGCAGCGGUGGGUCCAGGCUGUCACUUCCAAGCUGGACGACGCAGGAGCUCAGCUGGUCCACGUGCAGAAGGAGAUCGGCGCGCAGGCUGCAGUCUCACAGAGCGCCUCAUCGUCCACCCAGGAUGAAUCGCCUCAAGAGGAUGAUGAAGAGCAGCCAGUGCUUGUGCUGAAUGCUCUACGCGAAGCCCCAGCGGAUACAGACUGUUAGCUAUAACCACAGAAAACCUUUGUCCAGUACUUGACUUUUGUAAUCAUCAGCACUAAUUUCUGUAAUGCAGGCUGCAGAAAGAAGAAGAAAAAGAAAAGAUUUCCAUUCCAAUGCCACAUUUGCACAUGCACAAAAAAAGAUUUAUAAGCCAGUUCAAGAUGAAGUAACCUUUCCUCAAGAUGGUAAACCCUGGUGUCACAGAGCGCAUGAGGGCGAUUCAGCUCAGAAUCAUUUGCACUUAUGUCCUCUUUGAGGAAGAAGGCCAUUAAACGCAACUUUCCAGUUUAUGUUGCCAGAUGUGUUUAGAAGGAACAGUUAAACACUCAGGGUACACAGCACUUCUGGUUAUGCUCCGACCACUUCAAGGGUGCUUAUUUCACACAUUUUAUUCUAAUGGUGUUUACCACUGUGCCUUCCAGUCGUGUGCUGUGAAAUGUUAAAAUGUCUUGGAGGAGAAAAAUUGUCAGCCACUGCAAGCCACUAGUAUUUAUGUAAAACAUGUUUUUUGUUUUUUUUUUAAAAGGUGUGAAAUUGGCUUCAGAAUCUGCUGCAAAAACAUGUAACAGUUUUUCAUCUAUUCGUGUGCAGGAGAAACUGCAAGCUGUUUACAACUAUUGGGCGAUUUGUGUAUAAAAAUCAAAGGGUAUUGUUAUGUGAUCAAUAAAUGUUUAUAAUAUAUUAAA